UGAGGCACCACAACCUAGUCAUGAAUAUGGACAUGUUGACACGCCACAGCCCAGUCAUGAAUAUUUACAUUUUGACGCGCCACAGCCCAGUCAUGAAUAUGGACAUGUUGACACGCCACAACCCAAUCAUGAAUAUUUACAUUUUGACGCACCACAACCCAGUCAUGAGUAUUCAGAUAUACCGUUGAACCCUAGCAACAACAUCCCAUUACUUCCGCUAAGUGGGAGGGUUAUAUCCGU